GGGGGGGCGUGGGCGUGGGUUGACCGGCUUUCUCGGAGGCUCAGACACAAUGAACCGUCAGACGGAGAGGGGCACGCGCGUUGGGCCCGGGGCAUUAGCAUGAUUUUAUAACAUUAAUAUUUUUAGACGUGCCUUGAUAUUGUUUUUUAAACUUCCUCUUAAACUGCUGACACACCGUAUGACCGCAUCAACUCUCGACUGGAAGCAGGUUGGACGUCGAGUUUGAGGAGAACGAGGUCGGGAUCAGACCAACGUCACAGUUUGCCCCUCCUAGCGAGACUUUUCGUUCUUUUUCCCCCCCGCGGACACAUACACUAAAAAAACCGAAACCGAUCAAGAUAAAAAAAAAUGUCGCUGCCUGCUUCGUCUGAUUACUUCGCCGCGGAGUGUCUCGUCUCGAUCUCCAGCGGUCCCGUACUGCACAGACCCACUCCGGUGGCCCCCGCCAGCCAGCCAGCCCCGGUGGGCCUUCACCCCGGGGAGCCCGACGGGUCGAGCGAGGACAGGGAAGUUCGAGAGACGCUGAGGCUGGAGGGAACCAACAUGAUGACGGUGGCUGGGAUCCUCACCGACCUGCACAGCAAGUUCCGCCCGAUGUCGGCCUACUCGGAGAGCAGCAACUCCUCGUGCGGUGGGGAGAGCGGGUACACCACGUUGUCCGACCCCACCACCCCGACCAUGACCCCCUCCGCAACACCCGUCCCCGGACAGCAGCAGCAUCAUCUCCAGCAGCAGCACCUCCGAGGGGCCGGGGGAGUCGGGCCUCCACGGUCCCCCGUCAAGCGACAUCAGUGCACUUUUGACGGAUGCGACAGAGUUUACGGGAAAUCAUCGCACCUGAAGGCUCACAUCCGGACACACACAGGUGAGAGGCCUUUCCCCUGCACCUGGCCCAAGUGCGAGAAGAAGUUCGCCCGCUCCGACGAGCUCGCCCGCCACACCCGCACCCACACGGGGGAGAAGCGCUUCCUGUGCCCGCUGUGCGACAAGCGCUUCAUGCGCAGCGACCACCUGAUUAAACACGCCCGCCGCCACCCCGACUUCCAGCCCUCCUUGCUGGCUCGCUGCAAGGCCACGCCCGCGUCUUCCCACCAACCCGCCCACACCUAGGAGGGCGCUUAGGUGAUGUCCGUUUCAAAGUCAACCAGCUACAAUCAAAUCCACCGGGCCGUACUCCAAAACACACAUGCACACACACGCAAGGAAGAGGAGAAUAUCUAAGAAAUCUCCCCAUUUCAGUCCUCACUUCCCCAAAAAAUGAACUCUUCGGACCUACCGCUCUUCCACUUGCGAUUCCUGGUUGCACACGCGUGUAUAGAAGUUUACAGAACAGCAGAUUGGACUAAGCCUUCUGAGGUGUUAGAGCUUUACUGCAGGUGGGUAGAAAUUACGCAGCGCUGCGUGAAACUGAACAUAUGCAAGAACAAAAGAGGAAGUGCUUUUAGAGAUUUACCACACAACGGUAGAUGGAUGGAUUUUCUCCAGAACAUAAUUGGUUCCUCGCCACCCCUCUGAAAUUUAAAGGUACAAAACGCCUGUAAAAUUCAGUCAUACCAAGAAACAUUCCUGAAGCUUGCCUCCAACAUAACGUUAAUACUGUUACCACCUUUUCUAACCAAAAAAAAACCCAACCCCACAACUCACAGAAUACCUCAUUGUUUAACGCAGGUUCACGGCAGCACAAUCAGUUUCAGUCCGGAUGCUUUCUCUUUAGCUUCAACCGGAACGGUGGAGUGCAUCCCAAGCCAUACAGAACUCAGAAUCCUAACGUCUCAGAUUCGAACACUUUUUUGCAAGUUGCAGGGAUUUUUCACAUUUUCUUUCAUUUCUGUAAAAAAAAAAAAAAAAAAAAAAAAGAAGAAAAAGACAAAAGAUGAUGUUCAUACUUCUCCUCAUUCAAAUUUUCACUGGUUUCUCCUGGUUCAUCCAUAGGGCUAAGCGUUAAGUUUGUGAUAUUAGGUAGCCGGGCGGUGACUAGAACUUUUUUUUUAUUUUUGCUGUUGCUUUGCUUUUUUUUUGCGUCCUAGCGAUGAACCAUUCAUGUUUAUUCAUUAUUAGUGACUAUAUGUGGAAUAUCUUGUCGAUAUUUCCAUCCGAUCGCAUCGUUUGGUCGGGAAGCUGAACACACCUCUCUGUAGACAAGCAGUUUGCACACCACUCUGAAGGCUAGAAUCAUUAUCUUCACAUAACACGCCGCAGUGUUAUGUCUAAUAUUGAUGCAAUUGUAUAUAAGCUUUAAGCUUUUAAUGUAGAAUAAAUGGUAAUGCUACUAGCAGCAGAAAUUAUACAUGUAGUCCUUAUAUUAGGGGUAAUAUUAUGCUAGAUAGGUUGGCAUUGCCAGUGAGAGUUGGUGUGUGUGUGUUUUGUUUUCUUUUUUUUUUCUCUUUAUAUUUUGAAAGGAUAGUGAUUGAAAUUGUAAGUGUGUGCGUGUGUAAAAGUUGGACUUUUUUUAAAUUUUUUUUUUUUACUUUUCUCGGCGGGGUAGAGAAUGGAUGUGUGUUUAGCUCGGUGCUGCCUUCAGAUUAAAAGCAUUCGAUCCUCUGGCUCUGUCGGACCAGAUGGUAGAAUGUGUGGAAGUGCGUGGGAUCAGGUGUGCCAGAUGGAUUUUUUUUUUUUCCCCUCUCCUUCUUCCGACUUCUUUUUAUUCCAAUGCUGACAAACAAGUCGCACAGGUCCCACUGGAAGAAUAAUCUGAUUGCGACAGUGUUUUUUUUGGGGUUUUUUGUGGAAAUCAAAACAUGGUUGCUAGGCAUUUGGAUCAUCGGCACUGAAGAAGAGCUGGCGUCAGUAAUAAGAUGCAAACAAAACAUGGCUGCCAUCACUUGACCAAACGAAAGCAGCCAACAAUUCUGACUGCUACAUUGUCAGACCCGAUGUGUUAAAUAAUAAUAAUAAUAAUAAUAGGUUUUAAUAGCCUAAAACGUUCAGUCUGGUGCUGCUUGCUUUGCUGCUUUGUCAUUAUCCACAGUUACAGUUUUCAUCACUCUUCAGUCAAAAUUUCAGUGGAGAAGAAAGAACAUGCAGUUCAUUCCUACGCUGUUACAGCCAGACAUUCACUGAUAUGUGGAAAAGUGUUAUGGCUACUAGCAAAAAAAUAAUAAUAAUAAUAAAAGGAUUCAUAAAGUCAGAUUUCUGGGAAUAAAGUUGGAAUUCUGGGAUUAAAGUCAGAUUCUCAUUCAUCAUUAUUAUUUCCCAGAAGCCCUUAUCCUCCUCAAUAGAUAUCAGUUUUAACUUGUUGGGAAAAACAGGUUUUGUGGGUACAAUACAUGUUAUUUACCAGCAUGAAGUUGCUACUAGUUUACUUUGCGCACUGAGCACAUUAAUUAGCAUAUGGUCCAUUUUGAGUUGCAUUAAUCUACUUUUUCCGACUCAAAGCACAAAUUGUCGUAAACCCAUUGCAACUAUAAGUAGAGGGAUGGGAACUGUAAUUCUUGGCUGUUAUAUCGGAGAACAAAAUGGCGAAGCAGCAACAGUAACCCAGAACCAUUGUCGUCAAACAAAAACAUGUACCAAAUAAAACAUUUAAAACUUGUCGCAUAAAAUCUUCCAAAACAUUAGAAAGAAAAGCAAAUCACUCAGGAGUAAGAAGGAGCCGGGAUUACAUUUUUAAGUAAAGACUAAAAAUGACCAAAGUAUUGUAGUAAUUAUUGAAAAAUACAAUUACGUCAAUGUUAUUUGUAACAUUUAAAAUGCCUUGACAUACCCUUAGCAGGAGAGCACGCGCCCCUUUUUAAUACUCCAUCCGAACAGGUGUUUUACUCCGAGGUACACAGUUUUAACUAAAGCCUCAAGAGGGCGACAUAGAGCUGGGAAGAGAGAAAAAAAAGGAGGCGAACGAAGCUAGACUCGAUGUAUCCUCCCUGCGAAAUGAAUUAUCCCCACAGGGAAAAUUACAAAUCUCUCUUCACUCCGUUCCCUAAAAACAAGCGUUGUUGUUGUUGUUCUUCUUCUUCUUCUUCUUCUGCUCGAGAUUUGGCUUUUUUGUGUGAAUGGCGCCACCCUUUGGUUGGGUGUUUUAUUGUUGCUGUCGAAGAGGGCAGUGGGCGCAGUUUGGAGCAACAGGUUCACUGCGCCACUUCCUGUUGCACCACAAGUAAGGGGCUUUUUACCGAAAAAUGUUCGCGACUGAAAAUUGGAUUCAUUCUGAAAAGCGGACUUUGGUACCAGUAACCGGGCCACGUAUGUUCAGGAGUUUUUGCUCAAGGUGAAGCCAGUCUGUCUCUUGUGUCAGUGACCCCUACACUGUUUAUUCCACAUUCCUUUUGUCUCAGCGACCAGUUCUAUCGGGAGACAUUUGAAAGCCUUAAGCAUCGUCAUGACUACUUAUUCACCGUGUUUACAGCUGCAUCAUCACAAAGGUGGAUAUUCCAUCAGAAACAUGCAAGAUGGCACUUUCUCUCCCCCUCCCCCGAAAGAUGCAUAUGGCUGAAGAGUGGAAUGGCUUGCACUGUGACUGAGUCUCUACAAGCACGCACUGUGGAAACUUUGCUAAUGUUUAUAACAAAUGGUUUGUAUAAAAAGAGAAUAAAACUGCCUUUUCCCCAUUUGCUUUAAAAAGCAAGAUAAACAAACCGGGUAGUCGUUGCUUUUUAUUAUUUUUGUUGUUGUUUUUCUUUUUAGUCUAACUUGGUUAUCCAGGCCGUUUCUUCUUGUGGAAUUUCUUUCGUAGAUGAUUGUUGUACCUUGAUCCUCUGACGUAAUCUCUUCCGAUUCAAGAUGUCUUCCUCUCUAUUUUUCACAAACGGCAGCAGUUCAAUGUCGGUUCCGUGUCAGUGGGAGCCUGUUGAAGUAAAAAAAAAGCAAAAACAAAGCAACACUGAUAUUUUUAUACACUUUUUUUUUCUGAAGGAGGUUUGCUGCUGGCAGUAACCUACAAACACACGGACUGUUUAAAACAAAAGGAACAAACACAAUCUACUUCUGUUUUCAGAUGUCCUUCUGUCUCUCAUGGCAGGUGGAUGGAGUCAGCUGACUCUUCUAGCUAUAAAAUCACAAGAACAUACCUCACAGUUUUACUUUGUUUUGCAGCGUCGGUGCAGAUUCCCUCCAACCCUUCCUUUCCCAGCUUGUCAUUGAGCCUCUAGUUUUCCAAAGUUUGGUGAAUUCCUUUCAAACAGAUAAAUCUUUCAACUUCCUUUAGGCUUUGGCUACAGCAGGGUUUUUUGGGGGUUUUUUUUUCUAAUAAAGGGAUUAAGCCAACUGCUGGUUAAUGGAGUGACCUAAAAGGGGAAAUGAUUAGAACACAAAGUCUCAGUUUUGUAGAAGACAUUAUCCAGUUUGGAUGAAUCUCUCUUUUUUUAUAUAUUAUUAUUAUUAUUAUUAUUAUUAUUAUUAUUAUUUUCUUUUCUGCUUUGAGGGGCAACAAUAUCUCAACCACACUAAUUCAGUUAUGCACACUGUACAGGAAGUGGAUGUGCUGUAUUUUUAUGUUUUAUGAUGGCUCAUUUUUCUACAAUGUUUUUUUUUUUUUUUUUUUUUAAAGAAAAGAAAAAAGUUCUCUUAUUAAAGCUUUAGUUAAGGUCAUUUGGAAGAACUGUGGAAUUAAAUAAUAGCUGCGAACGGCUGUUUUUUUUUAUAUAUAUUUAUAUUCUCAGGUGUCUUAAAAUUGUAAGCAUUGGAGUUUCAAAAUUUUCCUGUGCAGCACCGAUGUAUAAGCAUUUUAUUACUUUUGUUUUGCUGAUUAAUUUAUUACAUAUCAAAGACACAUCAUUUAUGUGGUUUGUUUUCAUAACUCAUUUUGUAAUAUGGGACUGUACUAAUAGUACACUGUUUCAGUGUUUGUUUUACUAUUUCUUUUUUCUUUUUUUUUUUUAAUAAAAAGUCUGACGUUCAGAACUUGUUGUUUGUGUUUCCUUUUGCUUUGGCUGAUGAAGACCGUUAAUGCACCGUAUAAUUAACACAGAAAACCUUCUUAUGCUGUGUGAAAUUAAGAAAAAAAAAAAAGAUUUCUUAAAUAAUUUUCUAAUGACUAGUUCUUCUAUCUCAGAAGCCUACAUCUUAAAAUGUGACUUAAAAAAACUCUUCACUUUGCUAAAACAAAUGCUUAAAAUCACCAAAGUUUUGCAGUAAUUAUAAAAAAAAAUAAAUUAAGAGAGAUGCAUCAAUGUUAUUUGUAACAUUUACAAAACUUUGACAAACCCCUAGUUCCCCCUUUUUCCAUUCUAUUUUCUCUCCAUCAGAAGUGCUGUUUCACUAGGCGGUCCAGUUUUCACUACAGCUGAGAAGAGAGACAAGAAGAACCAAUAGAAGCCAGAAUCGACGUAUCCUUCUUGUCUUCCCUGAGAGAUGACUUAUCCCCAUUGGAAAAAAAAAAAGAAGACAAAUCUCUCCUCAGUGUUCCUUAAAAACAAGCGUUGUUAUUCGUCUUCUGCUAGAGAUCUGGUCCUUCGUGUGUAUGGCACCGCAAUUUGGAUUUCAUGGUACAUUACAGUCUCUCCAUUCCAAUUCUGAGAAGCGCACCUAUCCUUCCUGUAUCAAAUUACCCCGACAACAAGACA